CCGCCGAGCACGGCUCUCUCUGGUAACUGAAUAGCCAGUGUAAUCUGACACUUCAACUUGCCGUGCUCUACGGUAGUUGAUUCAGUCACUCAGUCACACCGUCUCCGGAGCUCUCACGUCCGUCUUUGUGAAGUGAGCGGAGCGGGAGAGAGGGGCAGCGUAAACACGAGGUUCGGAGGGAACAAUACGCGGCUUCGCCACUGAGGUCCGAGCUCAAAAUCACCACUUAAGGAGAGGUCAGCGAGGGACCGUGCGUGAGGAAUACAUGAAGGGUGGGGUGGGGGUAGGGUGGCGACCACAGCACCAGUACCACCGAGGCCAAAGUUCACGCAGACUCGCUUUGUGAUCGAUGAGGAUUAAGAAACUGAUUUUGUCUAACAGGAAACACAGCGACGUCCUCAUCCAAACUGAGUAAAGAACUUUUAAUGGAGUCCCGGUAGAGGCGUCAAGAUGAACACGUUACCAUCCAUGGACCGGCACAUCCAGCAGACCAACGACAGGCUGCAGUGCAUCAAACAGCACUUACAGAACCCGGCCAACUUCCACUCGGCGGCCACAGAGCUGCUAGACUGGUGUGGAGAUCCCCGGGCCUUCCAGCGACCUUUCGAGCAAAGUCUCAUGGGAUGUCUGACGGUGGUGAGUCGCGUGGCUGCUCAACAGGGGUUUGACUUGGACCUGGGCUACAGGUUGCUAGCCGUGUGUGCCGCUAACAGGGACAAAUUCACCCCCAAGUCUGCAGAAACCAGCACCUGCAGGAGAUGUCAGAGUGACUCAGCCUUGCUGUCGUCGUGGUGCGAGGAGCUGGGUCGUCUCCUCCUGCUGCGUCACCAGAAGAACAGGCAGAACGAACCGCAGGGGAAAGUCCCCAUGCAGCCCAGCAUGAACAGCAUGAAGCCAGGCCUCACGCACAGUGAUGGAUCCUUUCCCUAUGACUCUGUUCCCUGGCAACAAAACGCCAACCAGCCCCCUGGGUCAUUGUCCGUGGUUACAACAGUGUGGGGCGUGACCAACACGUCGCAGAGUCAGGUGCUGGGUAACCCAAUGGCUAACAGCAAUAACCCCAUGAAUCCUGGGGGUAACCCCAUGGGCUCAGGUAUGUCCGCCAGUGCACCAGGGCUCAACUCACCCCAGUUCAGUGCUCAACAGCAACAGUUCCCAAACAAAGGAGGAUCCAACCAGUCGUACAUGCAGCAGAGCAUGUACGGCAGGCCUGGCUACCACGGCGGGCCGGGUGGAUACAGCGCGAGUUACUCUGGAGGCCCGAAUGCCCCACCAGGAGGCAUGGGAAUGACAUCGCACACACGUCCUCCUGGUGACUUCACUCAGCCAGCUGCCGCCGCUGCAGCUGCUGCUGUUGCCGCUGCUGCUGCCACGGCAACGGCAACGGCCACAGCCACUGUGGCAGCUCUGCAGGAAACCCAGAAUAAAGAUAUGAACCAGUAUGGACAGAUGUGUCCGUCGUUCCAAAUGGGCCCUGCUCCAGCCUACAACAGCCAGUUCAUGAACCAGCCUGGUCCUCGAGGCCCCCCUGGAGGUAUGAAUCCAGCCAGCAUGGGAUCAGCCAUGAACAACCCUAAUAUCAGCGGGCCUCCAAUGGGCAUGAACCAGGCUCGAACCCCAGGCAUGACACCUUUUGGUGCUCACAGUCAAAGGAUGCCUCAACAAGGGUAUCCCGGAGGACCUCGACAGGGCAUGCCCAUGCAGGGGAUCAAGAGGCCAUAUCAUGGAGAGGGGAGCUACGGCGCUCAGCAGUAUGGGCCAAACAGCCAGUUCCAACCAGGGCAGGGGCAGUACCCCACGCCAAAUGCCUCCAGGCCUCUACCCUCUCCUAACUACCCAACCCAGAGGAUGCCAGGGCAACAGGGCCAAGGACAGUACGCACCUGGCAUACCCAUGGGGCAGUACUACAAGCAAGAGCCCUUCAAUGGCCAGAGCACCAACUUCUCCGGAGGUGGAUAUUCCUACGGCCAAGGCAAUGGGCCUCCCAGACCGGGUAACUACCCCCACUCCCCGGUCCCUGGAAACCCCACACCCCCUAUGACCCCGGGAAGUAGUAUUCCUCCGUAUCUGUCGCCAAACCAGGACGUGAAGCCCCCAUUUCCACCCGACAUGAAACCAAAUAUGACAGCACUUCCGCCCCCUCCAACUAACCCCAAUGAGGAGUUGCGGCUGACGUUCCCAGUCAGGGAUGGAGUGGUGCUGGAACCGUUCCGCUUGGAGCACAACUUGGCCGUCAGUAACCACGUCUUCCAUCUCCGACCCUCCGUCCACCAGACCCUCAUGUGGAGGUCCGACCUUGAGCUGCAGUUUAAGUGCUACCACCACGAAGACAGGCAAAUGAACACCAACUGGCCUGCCUCCGUCCAGGUCAGCGUCAACGCUACGCCCCUCACCAUCGAGCGGGGAGACAACAAAACCUCCCACAAACCCCUGCACUUGAAGCACGUAUGCCAACCGGGCAGGAACACCAUCCAGAUCACGGUUACCGCCUGCUGCUGUUCCCACCUGUUUGUGCUACAGCUGGUCCACAGGCCAUCUGUGCGAUCCGUCCUCCAGGGGCUCCUGAAGAAGAGGCUCCUUCCUGCAGAACACUGCAUCACCAAGAUUAAGAGGAACUUCAGCAGCGUGGCAGCCUCUGCGGGCAACACCACCCUCAACGGGGAAGACGGCGUGGAGCAGACGGCCAUUAAAGUGUCGCUGAAAUGUCCCAUCACCUUCCGACGCAUCCAGCUACCCGCGCGAGGGCACGACUGCAAACACGUCCAGUGCUUUGAUCUGGAGUCGUACUUGCAGCUCAACUGUGAGAGGGGGACGUGGCGGUGUCCUGUGUGCAAUAAAACAGCAUUAUUAGAAGGUCUGGAGGUGGAUCAGUACAUGUGGGGAAUCCUCAAUGCCAUCCAAAAUUCUGAGUUCGAGGAGGUUACUAUAGACCCUACAUGUAGCUGGCGACCUGUCCCUAUUAAGUCUGAGCUACACAUCAAAGAGGACCCGGAUGGACCGCUGGCCAAGCGCUUCAAGACCAUGAGCCCGAGUCAGAUGACCAUGCCCAACGUGAUGGAGAUGAUCGCCCAGCUAGGGCCUGGUCCCGGCCCGGGACACGGACCGGGACCCGGACCCGGUCCAAGUCCUUACCCUCCACACCAUGGUCAGCACGGCAGUGGCAACGGCGGAGAUUACCCGGGAGCAGGCAACAGUUACCACAGCCAAGGGAGCUUUGACUUUCCUCACGGGAACCCCUCUGGUGGUGGAGUCGGAGGAGGUGGAGGAGGAGGAGGUGGCGGAGGAGGAGGACCACCUAUGAACGACUUCAUCCACGGCCCCCAGCUCUCCCACCCCCCAGAUGGACCUGGUGGUGGUCUGCUCUCCCAGGACAAGCCCCUCAGCCAUGGCAUGAACGAUCCAAUGUCCCAUUCUGAUCAGUCCCAUAACUCCAUGCAGCAGAGCUUGCAUGCGUCUCCCCACCCCGGCAGCCAGACAGGGCCGUCCUUACAUCACAGUGGCCACUCAGGGCAGCCCUUGCAUCACAGUGGCCAACCCUCGCAGCCGCCUCGCCAGUCGCAACCUCAGCCGCAGCCUCAGCACCCCGGGCAGAACAGUCACCCCCACAGCGAUCUGAACUUUAACCCCUCCUCAGACGGGCAGAUGGGUCAGGGAGCGCAGGAUAUGCCUGAACCCUCCCUGGAUCUGCUUCCAGAGCUGGCCAAUCCAGAGGAGCUGCUCUCGUACCUGGACCCCCCCGACCUUCCCGCCAACAGCAACGACGAUCUCCUCUCCCUUUUUGAGAACAACUAGCCCCUUCGCCUGCCUCACAAAACCCGCCUGCACCCACGGGGGUCGCGAUGUGUUUGACUAUCCGUCCACGGGCGCUUCACCGACCUCAAACGCAUCGAGCAGCUUUCUGUGCUCACACACACACACACACACAUACAAAAACACGUAUAAACAGUUUCUCUGUGUGGCAUGGGGAGCACAGCUCAAUAGAGGCACCUGUUUGGGAACUCCAACGGAGAGAACAGGAACGCCGCUCUCCUCUGCACUCUUUUUUUUUUUUUUUUCCUCUCUCGUGCAAAGAUUCCACACACCAGUUCCACCGCCUCUGACUUAAAACCAUUUACAGCCAUGUUGAUGGGCACUAUAUAUAUAUAUAUAUAUAUAUAUAUAUGAUAUUUGUGACUUUUCAACUGAAAACUGUGCAGCUAUAAUCAUUACAUGUAAACAACACAGAGGAGACAGGAGCCUUUGUGGGCUCCAGGAAAAGUGUUGUAGUUUUUUAUAAUUCUUUGAAGACCUAGUCGGAGGAGAAAAACAUUUUCCUGUAAGAUUGUUUUUAUUUCAAAUGUGUUCUUCCAAAACUUUGGCAUAUGCCGCGCCCUUUGACCCCCCCCCAUACUUCCUUGUGUGUGUGUGUGUUUGUGUUUGUGUUUAUGUGUGUGUGUGACGGUUGAAUAACUGGAACUCAUCCGAAAUCCACGUUGUGCAAUGUGUGCGUGUGCGUGUCAUACAUAUGCGUGUCUGUUUACAUGUCCUCCUUUGUUUGCCUGCGAGCGUACGUGAGAGACAGCGCGGAGAGAAAGCUUUGGAGACUCGGAGGAGGGAAGGAAAACACUGAGUGGAAGAGAAAGAAAACUGGACUUCCCCCUCCGCCUCGGUCUGCUUCGUGUAUUUAUUGUAAAACGUGUCGCUCUUCCACAUCAAACUCAGCACCAUGUUGAUCACAAGUGCACGCGUGCCAACGGCUCCUGUUGUCUAUGUCCAGCCUAAAUGUGCUCGAUCAAAUCAUUUUCCCCGUCGUCUUUCUAUUUAUUAUUUCAAAUUCAUCUGUUUUAAUGUUGUCGUUGUCCUGGUUUGUGUAUUAUUUUUAAAAAAAUUUUUCUGUAGUUCCACAUUCAAAUGAAUCACAUCGCCACAGAUGUCCUAUGCUUUUUGUAAGGGGUGGGGUCUGGAUAUUAAUGUUGGUGUGACAGGAUUUUAGCGUCUUACAUGCGUCUACAGGAGUUUUUAAAUCACUGUAUUUUAUAUAUAUAUAAAAAAGAACAUCUGUGUGAUUUUCCUUUUGUCGUUUUGUUACUGUUGAACUGUAUCCCUUUCGAAAAAAAACAAAAGAAAAAAAACAUCCCGCAUGAUCCAACGGUGUUUCCAGAACUGUUGUAUAUACCCUUCGUGAAAACGUUGUGACUGUACAGUACUUGUACCUAACUAUUACUGGCAACUAAAUGGUACUGUGUGUCUGUCAAGGACUACACGCACGCGCACACACACACACACACACACACACACACACACACUCACGCACGCACAAUCCCUGAUAACCAGUCCGAUAUUGUAAGGAAUUGAUCCAAAUGCACUCUCACUGGCCUUGUAUCGAGUACCUGUGUAUUGUGAACGGUUUUUCCAUCACCCCAUGACAAUGCAUCAGCGACAAAGAAUAUUUGAAUUACUCUGCAGGAAAGCUGUACGUGAGUUAUUUUUAUUUUUUUAUAAAUAUAUAUAUAUCUAUAAAAAUGAUUGGUCAGCUUUAAAGGAGCUGUUGUUGUUUUUUGUUUUUUUUUUGUCUUGUCUAAAAGAUUGUCAAUGCAGCUUAGAGGUCCGCAUUUUUCCAAAAUGUUAAAUAUUAUUAUCAGACGUGACCUCUUUAUUUAAAGUGAGAAUGUGCAAAAAUUGUCCUCUGGAUCGUUUCGAGGCCUGAUGACGAGCUUUUGAUAACCAUGAUUGAUUUGUGUGUUUUCAUCACAGUUUGUAUUGUUUUAAGUUAUUAUUUUUGUCCAGUGUAUAAUUUGGUUUACACGGUUUUAUGCAGUACGGACAAUGAAUUUGAGAUAUUGCUAUUUGUUCUUGGUUAAAAAAUUUUUUUUUACCUCCCACCCAUUUACGUUUUGUAUCCCCCUUUGAAGAAAACAGAUCUGGCUUUGUUCGUCUUCAAAAUGUAUCAAACCACCUGCAUUUAACACAGCUGCAGAAUCAGACGUCGUUUGUGUUCGUUUGUAUGUUUGUUGAAGACAAUGCACUGCCGUAUUGGGAUGCUCUGUUUCCCUACACAGUGUGUAAUUAUAACAGUUUCACAACAUCACGUUUAGUAAUUUUGCCGAGUCAGUUUGUACCUGUCUGAUUGCAGACGCUGGAAAUUGAGUCGAGGGUUUCAAAAGAGAACAUGAUGAAUAUUGUAAAAUGAAAUUUUGGGGAAGACCCCCUUCUAUUUGCAUUACAUGGGAAGGACGUGGUCGUGGACUGGGGGCGGGGGGUUGGGCAUCUAAGGGAUAUUUGUAUAUAGUGUAAAUGACAAAUAGAGACACGUUAACAGAAAUGUAUUCAUUUUCUCCAGUGGGAGUGUGCAUAGUGUAUUUAGAAUUUGUAAAGCUUGCAUCCUCCCGUCAGACAUUGAUUUGGGAAAAUGAGUCUGUGUUUGAUUGCGUCUGUGCAGACCUCUCUAACCAUGCCUGUUCAUUUAUGUAAAAUACUUUAUGUACCCCUCCACGCGGGGUUUCAGAAAAGAAAAGACAUUUUUCCUUUGUGUAAUAUUAAACUUCUGUGUAUUUCGCCUAUUACCUGUGUACUUUAUAAAGGUGCUACGAAAUUAUUGGAACCUUUUGAGGUAUAAUUGGGACUCAGAGACGUUGAGCUUUGAGCGGCUCUAAAGGGUUGUUUCCAAAAUUUACAGUUUGUAAAAAAAAACAUUAAAAAAAAAAGUUUUGUCAAAUUUAUAAUUUUUAUGCAAUUUGGCAAAAUAUGCUAUAAAGGUACAAUCUGAAGUGAUUGGCACAAGUGGCAGUUGUCUAUUUGGUUUUGUACAUUCUAUGUACAAUCAUUUCAUAUUCUAAACUGGUCGGAAGAACAUUGUGAUUUCUAGUCUUGCAAAUCUGUAUGUAGUUAGAUGACGUGACAUCCUAAUAUUUAUCUAAUAAAUAUGUAUUCAGAUGAAACACAA